AUGGUGAUUUUGUGUUUGUUAAUUUUUUUAGAGGAGUUAAUUAUACACAAUAUUCUAACAAUAGAUAGAAUUAUUAGAGGAUGGAGGUCUAUUGGUUCAUUUGAUUCUGAAGCAGCUAAUUCAUAUAAGAGUGCUAUCACUGCUGGAAUUACAGAUAUUGAUCUUUAUUUUUAUCCAUGUGUUAAAUGUGGAAAUGCUGCUUCUCAAGUCAAUUCAUUUAUUACCCAAGCUAAUACAAAUGGAAUUAAAUGGAAUACUUUAUGGUUCGACGUUGAAAAAGAUUCAUGGAGUAGUAACGUUGCUACAAACCGCCAGUUCUUAGAAGACUUAUUAUCAGCUGCUCGUGCUGCAGGUAUUAAUCAUGGUAUUUAUUCUGGAUGGGGUGUUUGGGGACAAGUAUUAGGUUCUAAUUAUGUUUCUAAAGAAGCCUCUAAAUUACCAUUGUGGUUUAGUCACUACGACCAUAAAGCUAACUUUGAUGAUUUUAAUAGUGGAAAAUAUAAAUUCGGCGAUUUCACUAUUGCAAUGAAACAAUAUGAAGGAACCACUAGUAUGUGUGGUGUCCUUGUUGAUAUUGAUUAUAAACCUGCUGGAGUCACUCCUGUAAAUCCAACCCCUGAACCAGAAACACCAACUGAUGGAAGUACUGAUGGAAAUACACCAAGUGGAGAUUCUACUACUGAUGGAAAGACUCCAUCAAGUGAUUCAACUCCUAAUACACCAUCAACAGAUAAUACACCAUCAACACCAAGUACUGAUGGAAAUACUCCAUCAAGUGAUUCAACUCCUAAUACACCAUCAACACCAAGUACUGAUGGAAAUACUCCAUCUACAGAUAUUACACCAUCAACACCAUCAAGUAGCUCAAGUACACCAUCAAGUAGUUCAAAUAUACCAUCAGGUAGCUCAAAUACACCAUCAGGUAGCUCAAAUAAUGGUAGUUCAAAUGGUUCAAAUAAUACUUCUAAACCACGAAAAACAAAAGAAGAAAAAAGGUUGUCUAAAAGAAUAAGAAAAUUAAAAAGACAAUUAUAUGAUAAAAAUGGAAAGUUAAAAGAAAUAAAAAGACGACCAGGAGAGUCUUUUAUACAUUUCUUGCAAAGAAAAGCAAAACAACAAAAAAAAAUUGAGAGAUUAGAAAAAAUGGAAAAAAGAAGAGACUAUCUUAAGAAGGUUAGAAAAGAAAAGAGAAAAAUCAAUAGAAUGGAAAAAAAGUUAUUUGAUAAGAAUGGAAAAUUAAAAGAAAUUACUCAACAACCUGGAGAAAGUAAAAAGAGUUUCCUCAGAAGAAAGAGACAGCAACAAAGAUUAUUACAACGAUAUGAAAAAGAAAAGAAGAAAGAAAACUUAUUGAAAUGGAAUAAUUAUAAAAAAUCUAAGCAUCCAUUAGCAGAGUUAAAAGGAAAAUUAUUAGAUAAAAGUGGUAAAGUUAAAAAACUUGUGAAAAAAACAGGAGAGACUGAGGCCCAAUUUGCUAAAAGAGUAGCUAAACAAAAAAAACUUCUCAAAGAAUAUAAGAAAGAAUUGAAGAAUUCAAAAAAAGAUAAGAAAGACAAAAAGAUAUGGGAUAAAUUGAAACCAAAACAUAAAAAGAAAAGUGGAAUGUUUGGUAAGAUUGAAAGGGACAUUAAUAAGAGUAUUAAGAAAACAAAGAAAAGUAUUAAGAAAGAUAUUAAGAAGAGUAAAAAGCAAAUCAAAAAAAUUAUAAAGAGAAAGGCAAACAAAGAAGGAUUAAAUAAGAAAAAAACAAAGAAAAUAACAAAGAAACAAAAUAAAAAAAUGGAUAAAAUAAAGAAGGGCAGCAAUAACCGAUUAAAGCAAUUACACAAGAAAUCAAAGAAGCAAUUGAAACAAUUGGAGAAAAAGACAAAAAUUAAAUACCAACAAGCUAAAAGACAAGGCAUUCAAAAAGCAAAACAAAUUAAACGAAAUGCAACAAGAAAAGCUCUUACCAUUAAACGUAAUACUCAAAAGAAGGCAGCUGCUAUAAGACGUAUGGAAAAAAGAAAAGCAACUAUUAAGAAACAACAGACCAAGAAGAGAAUAGUUCAAAGAAGAAAUACUAAAACAAGAAAAUUAGUCAGAAAAGUUACUGUUACAAGAAGAAGAUAA